AUGAACUUUGACGAGAACAAGUCCUUGUGCAAAACCUUAAAUGUAAGAAUCCUUCCUUAUUUCCACUUCUACGGAGGAGCUGAUGGCUUGUUGGAUUCCUUUUCUUGUUCUCUUGCAAAGAAAUUGUGGCAAUGUGCCAUUGGUUGUGUUACUGCUCUCCACUUCUGGGAUGCUACAAAGCUGCAUCAAUUUGUUUGUACAAAGAAUUCACCUUUUGCCACUGCUUUGGGACUUCUUUUCUUCCCUCAAGAAACUGGUCAUUCGUUUGUGGGGCAUUCAGUUGCAGAAGAAGCUUCUAUACGCCAACCCAAAGUGACGUCUAUGGGGGCCGGGUGUUCAGCCCCAGUGAGUAAAACAACUACAGUGGAGCUUGGAAGAGUUGGGAAAAAAUCUUCUACUUGA